UUAUCCGUAAUAAUAAUGAAAAGGAAAAGAGAAACAACGGGGUUUUCGAGGGGUUUUUCAUCGUAGCUCCUUCGUCUCUUCCGCCACACCCAGCGGCACCAUCAACUUUUCCUUCCAUCCACCCACAAAGCUAAGGAACGUGAUUGCUUGGACCACAAAGAGGUUUGCUAAAUCCUGGGUCAGCAUGGCUACCCAGACAAUAGCUGAAACUGCACAAAAACUUGUCAACCCUGAAGCCCUUCGCUAUGCAGCCAAACAAUCAGAGCGCUGCCUUGUUAUUCCUGUCCGUCUCCGUCGUGCUAUUAAAAAAUACCUUAAAGAGCAGGAGGAGCCAUAUAUGAAGAGUAAAGUCUUGAGACUGUCUCAAUCAUUUAAUCAAAUCAAGGAUGUCAAUCUACAGUUGGCAAGCACCACAGCAAAGAAGAUAGUUGAAGACCCUUUAAAGUCUCUCGAACAAUCAAAACGUUGGAAGAUUACGAGCUCUUAUGGGGACAUUGGUCUCAUGUAUAGAGAUGAUGAGACAAUUGCUUAUGUGGCUUCUAGAAUGCCUGCUGUUUACUCUGCUUGUUACAGAGUACUUAAAGAGGUUCGCAGAAGGCUUCCUGGUUUCUCCCCAUCUAAGGUAUUAGAUUUUGGUGCCGGGACUGGUUCAGCUUUCUGGGCACUACAAGAAGUUUGGCCAAAAUCUUUGGAGAAAGUUAAUUUAAUAGAACCAUCACAAUCAAUGCAGCGUGCAGGUCGGAGCCUUGUACAAGGUCUCAAGAAUUUGCCACUUAUUCAUAGCUAUGAUAGCAUUCAAGCCCUUUCUAAAAGUAUUGGUAAAUCAGACAGAGGGCAUGACCUUGUAAUUGCUUCUUAUGUUCUUGGAGAGAUUCCAUCAAUAAAGGAUCGAAUAACCAUAGUUCGCCAACUUUGGGAUCUAACAAGUGAUCUUCUGGUCUUGGUUGAACCAGGAACGCCUCAUGGAUCUAAUAUUAUUGCUCAGAUGAGAUCUCACAUAUUAUGGAUGGAAGAAAGAAAAUAUCGUAAAGCAUCUCGUAAGAAUAAUGAAGUUUGUAAAGAUUUGAUCACUCAGAAGUCUGGUGCGUUCGUGGUUGCCCCUUGUCCUCAUGAUGGGAUUUGUCCGCUGGUAAAAUCUGGAAAAUAUUGUCAUUUUGUUCAACGCUUAGAGAGGACUUCAUCGCAACGUGCCUACAAGCGUUCAAAGGGUGAUCCUUUACGUGGUUUUGAAGAUGAGAAAUUUUCCUAUGUUGUUUUUAGACGUGGACCAAGGCCAAGGGAACCUUGGCCCCUUGAGGGUGUGGAAUUUGAGACUCUGAAGGAGCAGCAUGCAAAAAGAAAUCCAGAGGAUCUUGAAAUUGACUAUGAGGACUGGAUGAAGUUACAACAAGCUGAUGAUACUCUUCAUGAAGUAGCUGAUGCAGCAGAUGAUUUGGAAACUGGUGACACUUCUUGUGAAGUAGUUAACGCUGUAAGUUAUGAUUCGGAUGCUGUGGAAACUGACGGUGAUGAUGAUAGUGACAAUGACUACGAAAGGAGAGAAGAGAGAGCUAGUGCUGAUCUUGGAGGUGGCUGGGGCAGGAUUGUCUUCAUGCCUGUCAGAAGGGGCAGACAGGUCACAAUGAAUGUGUGCAGAUCCACCAAAAAGGAUGCCUCAGAGGGUUCAUAUGAUCGUAUUGUCGUCACAAAGAGCAAGAACCCUACCUUGCAUCAUCAGGCCAAAAGAUCUAUCUGGGGUGACCUGUGGCCCUUUUGAAGCUAAAUAUUGUUUGAUGUUAAUUUAUUGUCAUUUCAUGUUCCUGACUGAUAAAAAAUGUUAAGGGUUAUGCCUUCAAAAUUCAAAGAAAACAUAAGAAAUUCACAUUAUAGAUGGAGUUCUGCAUGUAGCCUUUAGCUAUUAAAUUUCCUUCAUGAAACACGGUAUUAUAGAUAAUUUGUUUAGAGAAAAGUGAGAAUUGUAUUA